UCAAGCCAAACCAAUUUCACAGCAUAAAUCAUCGUUUCGUGAGUUGUUUAAGAUCGUAAAAGGUACCGUACAACUGUUUUUUUGGAGUGAACAAUUGUAAAGUCAACCGGCACAAGAGUAGAACUGCUCCUGUCCUGCUGUGUCCUGCUUUACGGUGCCAGUUAUAAAACGAAAAAUUCGGUCAUUUUGACCGUGAAUAUUAGUGCGUAAAGUGAGCGUUCGUACGCACGUAUUCGUAGUGUUCUCUAUUCAAGUUCGUGGCCAUCGUUUCGACCCCGUUAAAGCUCCAGUGGUCCCCGCCGUGCUUUUGUGUGAAGUGUUUUCCUGUUGGAGCCGAUCCGACCCUCAAACGCGUCCACAUUGCAAAAGGCAGAGCAGAGCGUCUAGAGUAGUUCUUCGAGGUCAAGUCGCACGAGUAUCUCCGAACACGGCGUCCAUUCCAGCCGGCUUGAGGUGAGGCGUUUGUGUCUUCCUUCGCAAUCUAUUGCGUCGUAGGUUUGGUGUUCUGUGUUGUGUGAUUUGCCCCGUGAAUCCGUGCUUGGCCAGCUGGGGUUUGUCCUCUGUAGACAACACGUGUUUCGUGUGAAACGGUAUAACGGUUUGUACGUCGCCGGUCGAGAGAGAGAGAGAGUAAACAGUGACAUUUACUUCAGCAACAGCAGCAGCGACAACCCGGUAGAACGAUUCAGUUUCGCAAGGGUUCAUCUCGACUUCGACCUCUCCCCUUUGCCAGCGCCGAAGCCGGUUGGCCGAAUUUUAUGCGAUUCCUUGGCGAUUUUCAAACGAGCAACGGUCAACUGAAGCGGCGAGGAUACGCGACGGCCCCCAGUCCCCAUUCCAGCCGGCUUCAAGUUCGGAACCGGUGCUUUCGUUCUCUUCGUUCGCUUUCCUGCCAUCUGCGCACCCCCUUGCGCCGAGGCCAUCGAAGGAUCUCCGAAGAAAAAGCGAGGAACGCUGAGAGCUGAUCAGUGAUCGACUGACAACCGACGUCGACAGUCGCUGUCGGUUUCGGUGAACGCGAUCGCCGAAUAUCCCGAAGGAUCCGGGACCGUCGGUGGCGCCACCUACGGGGUGGUCUCGAGAGUUUCUCUCGCUCUCUCUCCCUCGUUGUCUCUCCGUUGUCCCUGUUAUCGUCAGUUCCAGCCAGUGCUUUCGGGGAUCCAUUUAAACUCGAGGCGAUAAGAGAAGGUGCAUUAGAGCUUCUUCUUUUUGGAAGUUCCACCGGGGUCUGAACGGAAAGGAAUGUGAAUUGCCCGGACCGUAGACCGCUAGCUAGGCUGUGUUUGCGAUAGUGUGAUAGUGUCGUCAUCGUCGUCAUCGUCGUCGUCGUAGUCAUCGUUACUGAUGAUGAGGAGAGUGGCCACGGUGAUGGUGAUGAGCGUCAGUAUGAUGAGCGUUAUGAUUGUGCGUGCCGGCACCGCAGAGCACCUUUUAAUGGCGAGGGAAACGAAAAACGUCCACUCGAGUGUCUAGUAGUGCCGUCGUCCAUCGUCGUCGUACGAUUGUGUGUGCGCGUAGGCCAAGAAUAGCCAUCCGUUCGUUCGUCCGUAAACGGUGAUCACCGUAUCUAGCGUUUGUUGUGUAGUGUGGGCGGAGGCGAUACGGAAGAUAUUGGUUAUAACGAAAAGGAAAGUUGAACGUGCGUGCGUGCGUGCGAGAAAGUUGGCCUCGCGGUGUGCGUCUGUUUGUGUCGCAUUUGAUGAUCAGAGCGCGUUUGAUGUCAAGUGGUUGCUCGAGUGGCACAUCCCGAAAGCGAGCUGCGUCCAUUUUCGGUGGUAAUACAGUUAGAUAAGCGGAGCGUUUUUAGUGUUUUUGAAGUGCCCCAGUGUCUAAAGUGGUUGGAACGGAUUCGUUUCGGGGUUUAAAUGGUUUCGAAACAUAAUUGAGACCGUUAAGGUAGUCUCGCUCGAGUGAUAAGCAUAAGUAGCAGCCGUAGGAGCAGCAUCAGCAUCGAAGUGAUCCAAGUGAUCCGCUCUUUAAAACGCACCCCCCAAGGCACCCUCUGCUCGUAGUCAUGACAACGAAUAGUAGCAACCUGAAGCUAUCUGGAAAUAUAAUCGGUCUCACAUCCAAGCAACAACCACAGCACAGUCAGCAGCAGCAGCAGCAGCAGCAUCUGCAGCACCAGCAACAGCUCACGCACCAACAGCACCAGCACCUUCAGCAGCAGUUCCAGAAGCAGAAACUGAAACACUCUCAGCAUCAGCAACAACUCCAGCAGUUACAGCAACAGCAGCAACAUCAGCAAUCACUCGGUACGAUUCAGCCAGCCGGUUCGAUAGUGACCAGCUCGCUAUCGAACGGUGUCGGACCACACGGACCACCAGGUGGUGGUGCUGGUGGCGGUGGAACUGCCGGUGGUGGUGUCUUUACGUCAGCCCUCACUAAUGGUGGCGGUGUUGGAGUGAAGUCUUCGGUGCUCGGUGGACUGAUCAGCGGUAUACCGCAGCACACGUCCGUGCCAGUGUCUUCGUCAUCGUCCUCGCUGUCGCCGCUGGCCUCCGCUGGUAGCCACAUCCCGCCACGGUAUCAACCACCACCUCAUCCACCCGGAGGCAUCCUCAAGAACGGUUACACCAACGGUCACCUGCGGGCUUAUCAUUCGCCGCGACAGCAUCAGCUGCAGCAGCAGGACGGCCACGGACAGAACGGACACAGUGGUCCCGUUGUGACCUUCAGCAACACCAACACCAAACAAUCGUACGGUGGUGCGGCCGAACUGAACCUAAAGCGGCCACCCAACCCAUCACGCCUGCUAGCACCUCGUCAGCACAUUCGCUUCUCCAAUCUACCGCCCCUCGUGAACGGUGGCCAAGGAGUGAGCCGCGCCGAGGCGACGACAUCAUCAUCGGGCAGCGCCAGCACGGUGACCACGGUCACAACGAACGGUAGUCAGCAGCAGCAGCAGCAGCAACCGUCGACCGUACUAAGUCAGCAAACGAUUCAGCAGGCUCACCUGUUGCCACCAUCCCAAUCGCACGCACGGCUCAGCUCAGAGUCUUCGUCCGAGGAUCAGACGACGAGUUCGACGCGAUCACUGCAGGCACACCUGGGGCACGCGAAGCCGGCACCAUCCGCUGCCCACAUCCACCAGACGACGGCCAUCGUCCACCACAACGCCAGCGGUAUAGCGGUUGGCAGUAGCAGCAGCAGUAGUAGUGGCGGUGGUGGUGGUGGUUCUGGGCACUCAAUUCAAUCACCCGUUUCCUCCGUUACGUCCGCAUCGUUAGUCAACGGACCAGCAACACUACCUUCGUCGCAGCUGACCGGCAUUAAACCGGCUCAGCCACCCUCGUCCAACUUACCCACGGCCAUCGGCAACGGCAAUCACCUGCAUCUGCACCAUCAACACCAACACCACCAACAGCAGCAGCAGCAGCAACAGCAUCCGGUUCAGGUGCACCAACAUCCGGCCCUUCAGCAGCAGCAUCAGCAGCAAGAGAUGUUGAAGUUCGUCCGGAAGGCUGAGUCAGAGACUUCCUCCACACCGACCUCCUCUACUGGUGGUGGCGGUGGUGGAGGAGGAGGUGGAAGUGGUGUAAAUGGUGCUGGAGUGGCAGGUAGCAGUAGUAGCAACGGUGCUGGCGGUGGUCGCGUUGCCACCCUCGACCAGAAUCGACACUUUCAGAAUCUGCUGGCGGAGUUGAGGGCACUGAAGGAGGCUAAUCAACGGUUAAGUGACGACAACCAGGAGCUACGGGAUCUGUGCUGUUUCCUGGAUGAUGAUCGGCAGAAGGGCCGCAAGCUGGCACGCGAAUGGCAACGCUUCGGUCGCUACACGGCCAGCGUUAUGCGGCAGGAGGUGUCCGCUUAUCAGACGAAGCUGCGGCAACUGGAUGAUAAGCAGCAGGAGCUGAUCCGCGAUAAUCUAGAGUUGAAAGAGCUCUGCCUGUACCUGGACGAGGAACGGAACAACAACUCAAACAGUCGCACGGCUGCGGUGGCAGCAGCAGCAGCGGCAGCCGCGGCCUCAUCAUCCACGUCGGCAGUCUGUUCGAACUGUGGCAAUACGAAUGCGAACGCUGUAGCUGCCCUGCGUGAUGAUGGCGAUGGCAGUAGCUCCAGUACGAACGCCGACGAAAACCUGCACAACAUUGGCCAGUUCGGUCGCAAUGGCAUGACGGACCUCAACAUGCGUUCGACGCUCAGCGACCAGACGCUUCAGUACGUCCGGGCCCUCGAGUCUCGGAUACGGCAGCUCGAGGAGGAACGAGCGGUGGUACUGAACAACACGACUGUCGCGACGACCAACGGUGGUAGUGGCAAUGCUGGCAGUGGCAAUGGUGGUGGUGGGGGUGGUGGUGGUGCAAGUCAGCUGACCUCCAGUGCGGAUCCAAUUUCCGGACGACCCGAAGCGGUGGUGCGAGCGCUGCAGGUGCUCGAGGUGCGUGAGCAGCUGGAACGCGAACGGAUCGGUACGACGCCACCGGAUCAGCUGGACGAUGGCGAGAAGGCGCUCGUACGCGAGAUGUGCAAUGUGGUGUGGCGCAAGCUAGAGGAAGCUCCCAACACCGGUAUCGAUCAGCAUGUGUGAUGAUGAUCGAGAUCGGUGAGGCGAGGAUUCGCCACUCGCUAGGCGACGCGAAGAUGUACAAAUUAAUGCUAAUGAUGCUAGUUCUCUGCGUGGGGAGAGAGGGGAUGGUGAGCAUCCCCUGCCUUCUUCCUUUCAUCGGGUGCACACACUCCAAUCCGCGCGUUGACAAUAACCGAUCGAUCGAGAGUGAUCGAGAGGAUGUUUUGUCGAGUAGGGAUAGGAUAGGAAGGAUAGGUGUGCAAAACAGGAGCAGGGAGGUCAGGAUGAGGCGCGAGAGGAGCGAUUCGAAGGGCGAUCUUGCGUCCGUUUGCAAGAUCCACCCUUCGUCUGUCUCACUCUCUCUCUCUCUCUAGGGAUGUCGUCCGACGGUUAGGUUUUAGUGUAUUUAUCGGCGGUCAUCAGGUGAGCCGUAGGGCUAUGCGAAGGUCUUGGAGAGGGGAGAGUACGGAGGUGAUAAGCUUUAGAAGUAGUGCCGAGCGGUUCAAGCCAGCGACACUCGGAGAGGCUCUAGGUUGAACAACCGUGAACGAGGGGUUGGGUCAACGAGUAAUUAGAUAGUGUAGGGCGGUAGGGCGAAGACGGGAAUUGUUUUACAUUUUGUACAGAGUCACCCACGAAUGAUCCACCGUGCGUAUAUGGUGAGCAGGCAGUGACGAUGCUUGAUGAAUGUGUGCGUGUUUAUGGUUUAAGAUCAACGAUCGAUGUAGUGCUUGGCUUGUAAGUGUUGUUUUAUGUAUGCCUUCAUUUAUAUACACGUCCUGUCUGUAUGUCUAAUAUUUUAUUGCUAUUUUUAUGAGUAUUUUACGCAGAGCAUUAUUA